CUCAAAAUGCUGGCACGGCGCGGGUGCGUUAAGAGCUUCGCGUCGCGGCGUGUCUUGCGCUCCACAUGGCGUUUCUCUGGUGUAUUUGGUGUGCAUUCGAAUCUAAAUUCUUCAUCAAUUCUCUCAAUAUCUUCAUUGUCAGUUCCUCUGACUAGUGAGCUACGUGAGCGCGUGAAACAUGCACCUUUGGCUCCGACGUACGACCCGACAGUUGUCGAGCAAGGAUGGCAGCAAUACUGGCAGCAAGCAUUGUCUCCAAACACUCCACUAAAGCGUAUGGAUACAUCUUCCUCUAAUAAGGUGUUCAGUAUGAUCCUGCCGCCGCCUAACGUCACAGGAGCGCUCCAUAUCGGCCACGCAUUGACCAUCACUAUCCAGGACGCCAUCGCUCGCUGGCACCGUAUGCGCGGCUUCGAUGUUCGCUGGCUCCCGGGAUUAGACCACGCAGGGAUUGCAACGCAAAGUGUCGUAGAGAGGAAGCUACACAAGGAGCGAGGCCUCUCUCGCUACGAUUUAGGCCGUGAAGCUUUCGUGGACCAAGUGUGGCAGUGGAACGAGCAAUACGGAGGCAAAAUUAUGAACCAGAUCGACCAUCUCGGCGCAAUUGUGAAGAAAGACCAACCGUAUUUUACGCUGGAUGAACAACGGUCCGGGGCCGUAAUUAACGCCUUUGUGACGCUCCAUGAGAAAGGAUUAGUGUACCGUAAACGCAGGAUGGUCAAUUGGUGUCCGACGUUACAAACGGCCAUUUCAGAUAUCGAAGUGGACGCGGAACAAUUGGAGAAAGCCACCAGGAAAAUGUUACCGGGAAGAGACAAAGCCGUGGAGUUUGGCGUCAUGCAUCGCUUCAAGUACCAAGUUGCCGACUCGGAUGAGUAUUUGGAAGUGGAUACCACUCGACCUGAGACCAUUUUUGGAGACGUAGCGGUGGCGGUGCACCCAGACGACUCGAGGUAUCAACGAUAUCACGGGAGAUACGUGCUCCAUCCUUUCUCGAAGGAAAUGAUACCGAUUGUUACCGAUGAAACGCUGGUCAACAUGGAACUGGGAACUGGUGUUGUGAAGGUCACGCCAGCGCAUGAUCCGAAGGACUUUGAGUGUGCCCAGCGUCACGCUCUGCCCGAAGUGGAAGUCAUCGAUAAGUACGGGAAACUGUGUGGUGAUAUCGACCAGGAAUUUAUCGGAUUGGACAGGUUUGAUGCACGUCAACGCGUUGUCGAGGCGUUGCAGAAGAUGAGUCUUUACGUGGACAAGCUUGACCAUGCCACAGCGCUGUCGAUCUGCUCGCGGUCAGGAGAUGUCAUCGAGCCGCUGCUCAUGCCUCAGUGGUAUGUGGACUGUAGCGCAAUGGCUAAGCGCGCAGCAGACAACGUUCGCAAUGGCGUGAUGACAAUAGAGCCGAAAUCCCAUGCGCACACGUGGUUUUUCUUUCUGGAUAAUAUCCAGGAUUGGUGUGUUAGUCGACAGCUGUGGUGGGGCCAUCGUAUCCCUGCGUAUCGUCUGAAACCUGGCGCAAUUGGAGCGGAAGCGAGCGACAAGUGGUUUGUUGCUGCGUCUCUCACGGAGGCUCGACAGAAGGCGGAGACGGAGCUGGGCUGCGAGCUGCGAGAUGAAGACUUGGAGCAAGAUAUGGACGUGCUGGAUACGUGGUUCAGCUCGGGUUUGCUGCCUCUUUCGGCCUUUGGUUGGCCUAAUGCGAGCAGCGGUGACGCUGUGACUCAAGAUCUGAGUGCGAGUUACCCUUUGGAUAUCAUGGAAACGGGUUCUGAUAUCCUCUUUUUCUGGGUGGCACGGAUGGCCAUGCUGUGUGAAGAGUUUUCCGGUCGCGUCCCGUUCGAGAAGGUGCUACUGCAUCCAAUGGUUCGGGAUAAGGCUGGUCGCAAGAUGUCCAAGAGUCUGGGCAACGUCAUUGAUCCGCUGCACGUGAUAAAUGGCAUCAGUCUUGACCAGUUACUCUCGGACUUGCAGGGUGGAAAUGUCGGAUCUCGAGAACUCCAGAAGGCAGAGAAGGAAUUGCAGAAAGAAUUCCCCAAGGGGAUCCCUACGUGUGGAGCUGAUGCGCUACGCUUCACUCUCGCCUCGUAUCUCCAACAAGGGCGACAGAUCAACAUGGACGUGCAGCGUGUCGUCUCGUAUCGUCAUUUCUGCAACAAGCUGUGGAAUGCUGUACGCUACGCUCUGCCACUGCUCGAGCGGGACGACGAAGCUCUGGAGUCGGUGGAUCUCGCUCUCUUACGUGACGACAUGACGCUCGCUGAUCGCUGGAUCUUGAGUCGACUGGCUGCUGUUACGUCCGAGGUGAACGACGGCAUCGCAGCGAAUCAGCUAGCCACGAGCGUCUCGGCCAUCCAACGGUUCUUCGUCCAGGAGUUGUGUGACGUCUACAUCGAGUUCAGCAAGCCAGUGCUGUAUGGCAACCGCCUUGAAGAAGACGAUGACUGCACGGAAGAACGACGUGCGCGAAAGCGGAGCGCCCAAGCUACGCUGCAUCGCUGUCUGGACUACUCGAUGCGCCUGCUGCACCCUUUCACGCCGUUUGUCACGGAAGAAUUGUGGCAACGUAUCCGGGAGGCAGAUCCUCUCACGGCAUCACGCGAAGAGGACGUCGAGACCUCAAUCUUGUGUGCAGAGUACCCGGAACAGUCUCACGUGAGCUCGUGGAUUGACGCGGAUGCUGAAGAGAGGAUGGCGCUUGUCAUCGACGUGAUCCAUGGAAUUCGCUCACUUCGCCACACCGUCAAAGUUCUGGCCCCCAACGCGACGCCAACGGCUGACAGUGAGCGUCCUACUGUUCGCAUCGAUUGCUCCAACGCGACUGUGUAUUCCGAGCUGAAGGAUGCGCAGCGUGACGUCGAGACGCUUUGCCGCGUCAAUGUUGACUUCGCUGUAUCUGGCGAUGGAUUUCCGUCCUCUUCGUCGCCUCACGUACUCUCACACUCCGUCUCGGACUCCUGUCGAGAGAAGCGUGUCGCCAAGAGUACCUCCGCCGCUGAAGCUCUUGUCCGACGCCAGCAGGGACCACACUACGUCACUAAAGUACCUGAAACCGUGCAAGCACAAGACGCACAACGUCUUGUUCAGCUGCAAACCGAGAUCCAGGCGACGGAGAAGAGCCUAGUGGCACUGCAUGAGCUUCAGCGACUCUACUAA